UCACUGGCCCCAGCUUGUGCAUACAGUGGACAGGACCAAGUAUGUGAUGCUUCAAAAUGUUGAUGAUGUAUGGCAGUUGUAGCAGUAGAGAAUGGUGUAGACUCUUCAGUUUUUCUCAGCCUUACUGAAGAUGACCUUUUCAGAAUGUUUCCAGGGAAGGUGGGAUAUGUCAGGAAGGUGAUGAUGGUUCAAAGUGAACUUAAUGCACCUCUAAGUGCAGAGGAAGCCACGGGCCCAGAAGGUGAUUCUGAUCUGCCUGGAGUACUCCAAUCACCAGAUGUGAGGUCACAGCUAACAGCAGCUCCAAUGGCCCCAAGGAUCUUGGACAUCAGCAAGCUUUCAAGUCCGAGUAUGGUGUCUGUUGGUGCAGGGGGAGACGAUGUAGCAGAAGAGGCGGGUAGUCAUCAGGAUCUAGAGUCUUCUGAUGUUGCCCUUCAAGGCCCUUCAAGUAGGCUGGAAACCCCAAAGACUCCUAUGUGGAACAUGUUCACCACACCGCAAACAUGGCCACAAUACUCGGACCGUGUCGUGAGUGCACUGAAAAGUGGGAACAUCAUGGCAGACUGGGAUGCACUCAUCGCAGAGACCGCUUACUUCAUUUUGAAACAUCAUGACAUGAAAGCACCAUCAGAGUACGAUGAUGUAGGAAGGCUUGUCAGCGAGCGUUGGCCUUGCAUACUCUUUGAGGAGCAUGGCAAAAAACCAUGGAAUCACUUUGUAAAGAGACUUUCCCAGAAGAUGAGGAACAUAAGAUGGACCAGAAAAAGGAAGAUGGAACAAACCAAACAACCAGCUACAACUAAAAGGACUGCCGUGGCAGCAGCUGAUUACAGUUUUGAAGCUGAUGGAGACAGCCCUGAAGAGCUCUUGAAAGCCGAUCUGCUCUCUGAACUGCAGAAGGACAAGCCUGACAAGGCCAAAAUUGGACAUCUCCAAAAACUGACCUUUAACUUGCGCAAGAGGGAGAAACCGACUUUUCAUGACUAUCCCUUCCUCUUGGAGGAAAAGUUUAUAAAGAGGGAAUUCUUCCUAAGGCAACCAGAAGUGUCAGAGGCUAGCUUACAGCAAAACUGGACCAGUCUAAUCAACAUGGUAACGGAGUGCACCAAGCAGGAUAGAUUUGAGAACACCGAGGGUGAAAUCGGACUACUUAAAUACGUAGACACCAAGAUUGCCAUAACCAAGAGGGUCAAGAAACUUCAACCAGCAAUAUCGGUGGAAAAAGCCACGUACAUUCCCACGUCUGUAGCUAGCGAGGCACCCCGCCUAGUCAUCAUAUCACAUGAAGACGAUCAUGAGCUGUCCAAUGGGUUCCUUCUACAUGAUGGUAAUGUCGUAGAGAUGAGGGACACAAAAAAUGUGAUGGAGAUGGUCCUGUUCUUGUCCCAAGCAUACUAUGCCUGGGACCUUCAGUAUCCAAUACAGUACCAGGUUCUUGGUUUCCUGCAACUGUUUUUGCUCAAAGACAGACUGUCUCCAUUUGAGCGGUCUUGCAGUUUCUUCAAAUUUGAGAAAAGAUUGCGGUCCCUGCAACAUGUUGAAUAAGCACAUCAAAACAACAUAAAAGUUGAAUACUUCCAAAAAUGUUAAAUAACUUUGCUAUGUUCACUUAGGAUUUUUAGAAUGUUAAAACUGUUGACGUCAUGUUCAUGUCAUCAACAAUUCCAUUUUUAAAAACAUGUAUAAGGGAAGUUCCUAUUGUCAUGAAAAUUGGUGGGAAGCUAGAUUGUUGAAAAAAGUCCUGCUUUUGACCCUAAAACUCUGUUGUUUACCAAUGAAAUUAAACCAAAUUUCAGAUCAUGUCAACAAGGCAUGACAAAUUUUAUGGGGCAAUUUUUAUCAGCUUUGUGCAAGAGGGUGAGAUUUAUACGCCAUGCGCCAAAAAAAAUAAUCACUAUUAUAAUCUGCCAAUUUCGACUUGGCGUCCUCCAUUUUCGAUAUAGAGCUGGAGACGGUGGCAAGGAAUGCCGUAUUACCCCUGAUGUCAUUGCAUACCUUCGGUUGGCGCAACAUGCAAUCGUAGAGUUGUGCAAUGUCAUCAGGAGUGAUCCUGCAUUCCUUCACAGAAGCUGUCAGCAGCAGCAUGCCCCUUCUGCCACCGUUUCCAGCACAGUAUCAAUUUUCUGAAGUGAGUUUUUUUUUUCGUAUGGCGUAUAAUUCUCACCCUCUUGCACAAAACUGAUGAAACUUGCUCCAUAAAAUGUGUCAUGCUUUUUUUACAAAAUCUGAAAUUUUGGUUUAAUUCCAUUGGCAAACAAAAAAGUUAUUUAGGAUGAUGAGUAGCCCUUUUGACAUGUAGUACGUGUAUUAAUAUGCAAAAUCCAAAGUGUAACUGAAAUUAUUAUUUUAAAGAGCCCAUGUGCAAUGUAAUUUUACAUGCAAUCCUUGAAAAUGCAUGUGUGCCAUUUAAUCUUAUUUUCAAUUUUCAUUUGCCAUUUUACCUGAUAUUUUGG